AUGGUUGCAUCCACCUCUCUGAAAUAUGCCAAAACUGCAGAAGGUUACGUCUUUCAAUUGGCAGGCACAGCUUCAUCUGAACUGUUGCUGGUAGCUCAAUCAGGUGAGAUUAGCACAGUAGACAUUGAAAAACAGACGUUCCAAACUUCAUUCCAGCCAAUAGCGGGACUUUUGGGUAUUAUACACUUAUAUUCCAACUAUUACAUUGUUUUGGCCCAAUCUGCUAGCAAUGCAGGUACUAUUUAUGGAGACAAGACCAUCUAUAAGCCCGAUGAGGAUGACACUAAGUAUACUGAAAUAUUGAAAAGCCAUCUAGACAAUGCCACCUUAUUCUUCUCUUACACAUAUGAUUUGACAAAAAGUUUUGGUAACCAACCUACAUAUUCUUCUUUGGGAUUUGAUAAUGAAUUCAUGUGGAACUACUUCAUUUCUGCUUCUUUGAUUGAGCUAUCUAAGUCAACUCCAUUUGUAUCGAACUUUGUCUUGCCUGUCAUCUAUGGUUAUGCAAAAUUUACCAAAACUACGAUUAACACAAAGCCAGUUACUUUCGGCCUUAUCACUAGAAGGUCAAGACACCGGGCGGGAACCAGAUAUUUCAGAAGAGGUAUCAACAAGGAUGGUUACGUUGCAAACUUCAAUGAAACAGAACAAUUUUUAGUUGCCCAUACUGUUGAAGCUGAUCAAGUGUAUACCUAUUUUCAAAUCAGAGGAUCUGUUCCCGUAUUUUGGGCUGAGAUGAAUAACCUGAUGUACAAGCCCAAGCUUUUAUUGGGUACAAGUGAUUAUUUACCAGCUCGUAUUCAUUUUGAUAAAUGUAUUUCCAAGUAUGGUACCAACUAUCUGGUGAAUUUGGUAAAUCAGUCCGGAUAUGAAAAGCCGAUCAAGCUGGCGUAUGAAAGUGCAGUGAAUGCCUUAAACGACUCCAAUGUCAAAUAUACUUAUUUCGAUUUCCACCAUGAAUGUAGAAAGAUGAGAUGGGACAGAGUUAAACUUUUGGUUGAUCACUUGACUAAAUUGGGCUUGUCACAAAAAGAUUACUCUUUGUUCAGUGUCGGUAAAGAAUUUGUCGCAGAAAAAGUACAAGGUCAUGUUGUUAGAACCAAUUGUAUGGACUGCUUGGAUAGAACCAAUGUCGUUCAAUCAAUGUUAGCAAGAUGGUUUUUACAGCAACAAUUAAUAGAUGCUGGUAUAAUUGAUGGCGUUGUCGAUUGGAAGGAUCUUGAUCCUGCUUUCAAUCUUGUAUUCCAGGCUGUUUGGGCAGAUAAUGCAGAUUAUGUCUCUAACGCAUAUUCUGGUACGGGGGCAUUAAAAACAGACUACACACGUACCGGUAAAAGAACGAAUAAAGGUGCAUUGAACGAUCUAGUCAACUCAAUCACUCGUUACAUCAAAAAUAACUACUUAGAUGGAGCAAGACAAGAUGGUUAUGAUUUGUUCCUUGGUAACGUUAUACCGUACGAACUUACAACAUCACCUUUCAAGGAUAGCAGACCGGCCUUGUACCAAGCUGUGCCAUACUUCUUCACUGUUGGAGUGUUCAUCAUACUUGCUACUUUUAUUUGGCCGAAAGGAUCUCUCACCGACUUUAAAAAUCUUUCUUUCUUGACUGCAAUGACGCUAUGGAGUGGUUUUUCACUUUGCUUUAUGAUAAAGAAUGGCAUCCAAUUUGUAAAUUGGCCUACACUAGAAAAACUGGACUUUUUGAAUCAGAAAGAAAUUUGUAAAGACGGCAAGGUUGAUGGGUACUUAUACGCCAAAGCUUCUGACUACAACAAGUUUAACGAACAUGACAAAAAGCAAUAA